AUGGAUUUGGAUUCUUUUGUCAACAAAACAAUUUCUGUAAUUACCGGAGAUGGUCGAAAUAUUGUUGGAUUAAUGCGGGGAUUUGAUCAAACAGUAAAUAUUGUAUUGGAAGAUUCUCAUGAACGAGUUUAUAGUUUGGAAACUGGAGUUGCUCAAAUACCUCUUGGCCUUUACAUUGUUCGCGGGGAUAAUGUAGCAAUUGUUGGAGAGGUUGAUGAAACAAUAGAUAAACAAUUAGAUUUGGAAAAAUUGAAAGCUGCCCCAUUACAACCGAUUUGGAUGCCGUAA